CUACAUUUGGAGUGCAUGGUCAUAGAAUAUGCCAAAGGCGAUAUUAGGAAACUGCUUCGAUAAGUACUGUAAUAGUUAAUUAGAAAGAGUUAAUGACAUUUACUUACAGCAAUAACGUUACAGACCAACAUUGACCUAUGGUAAAGAGAGAGUCCGGUGCUGAACGAAUCACAAAAAAACAGGACCACAAGGAUCAAGACUGAUAGCUAAAGUAGAGUAGUGACCGAAGGCUUUAAUUCGAGAAGAAGAACAUAUUCUUUCCGAAAAUACAGCGACAUUUGGUUUGUAAUAUGGAAGUCAGCAGGAACUGCGCGCUUGCGUUUGCGCAGUACAGGGAGUCAGUGUGGAACACAUCUGCAAGUAUGCGGUUAGGAUGUGAUGUGGCUGCGUUCCAUUAGCAAGCGAAUGUAUAGAGUCGCAUGCUAUUAAAUGUCGUCUGAAUACGUAUUUCAGCAGAAGGGCACUAUGUUCGAAAAUUUGUUUCAAAAUUAAUACGAACAUUUCAAAAAUUGGUACCUUGAGUAUAGCCAUUGUAGUCUUUAAUUAGAAGUCACAAUGUAAUUGAAAAAUUCUAAAAGUGGUUAAUUGGGACAGAUAGAAGUUGCUUUUCGAAUUCGACUCUAAGUUCAGAUUUGCUCGCGAGGGACUGGUGUUACUUUCCCAACUUAGCGAAAUAGCAAAAAUACCUGAAGAUGUCGACUGGCAAGUGCUAAAACUUCGGCAAUUUUUCGGACGCUUCCCUAAAAAUUCCUCCACCGAAGAACCUUUUUAUUAAAUCCUUGUCUAUCUGCAUUCGAAUGACACCAAAUGAGGGGGUCGCUAUAUUGUCCGACGCGGGAGCUCCUUGAACGACGGAAUUGGUCGGUUUAUGGGAGUCAAAGGAUGUCCGACUACUUAUAAGAUGGGCAUAUUGUACAUCUAGAAAAUGCCCUCUGGCCUCUGGCACCUUUAUUUUGAUUUUUUUGGAGUGGGCUUCAAAACGUCUAGAAAACAAUACUGGCAUAUCGAAAAUUUAUAUCAAAAAUCAUCAAAUCAAAUCAAAGUUUAUGGACGUACCCAUAUUCGAAGUCACAGCAAUAAUAUUACUGUUCUGAAAUGGUUAUUGUAUUAUUAUGCGAAUAUUUUCAUAGCUCGCUCUAAAGUAGUGAAAACUGCACGUAUUUGUAGUGUUUUAUAGAAAUGGAAAUCUAAUUUGGAAACACCUUGUAUGCUAUUAUAUGAUGGGAACCCGCAUAUGCCAUUUGCGAUUUCGUAAAAUUGGCAAUAUCGUAAGAGUGCAAGAGAGAUAGAAGAAUUGGCGGUAAAUAACUUCCAGGUUAGAAUCAGCUGUUUGUUUUAAUUCAACGGUUGUAACAGUCGAAAAUCUAAAUGUGUGUGUUGCACUAUGUUUGACCGUUUUUCUGUUGAAAAUUGGUAAGAUUUUUGAAAUUAUUAUUUCAAACUGACAACAUUAUGGAAUUCGCGACCCACAAAUGAAGCAUUUUAUGUACUAAAAAAGAUCUACAUUCAUAAUGUUUGAACAUUCAUUACACAAUGAAGAAACCAUUUCUUUUUCUGCUACUAAAGAGUCUUCCAAAAGUAAUACACAUCACAGUCGCAGACAACUGUUUCCAUCAAUUGAAGAAGAUAAUUUUGACGAUUUUUCAUUGACCCCCCUCACAGCAAAUGGCUCAUCGUCAUAUUCAUCUAAAACCGAUACACCUUUAGACUCACGCUCUUUGCAGCAAUGUGAAGAGGAAAAUGUAUUACUCUUCAGCGGGGAUUCCAUAGAAGAUUAUAUUAUAAUUGAAAAUAUUCACGAUCCUUUAAAGAAUUCAGACGUCGACAAUAAUCCGGAUGUAAUUAAGACGCCCUUAAAUGAUAAGUUUUUCAAUCAAACUAUUAAUACAGAGAUUAAUACAACAGCAGCUCCCUUACAUCUAAGUCCUCCGCAAAUUGUUCCACAAUCGGUAGUUUUCUCACCAAAGAAACUUAAACCGAAAUCACCCGAUAGCAUCGAGCCUCAGGACACAUCUGCAUUGAAUACCAUCGCGACUAAAUUGAUUCGAAAUUACGCCGAGGAAAAUAGUCCUUGCUCGGCACCAGAAGUUGGCAAACGUAAAAUGGGUUUGUCCAAUUCAUCGCAGUCGAACAAGCUACAAAAACUCGAUCAAAAUUCAAAAGUGCGGAUGGAGCUAUUUCCGAAACCUGUCCAAGAGCAUAGUCCACCAACUAACGAGAAUAAAUCUCCAAAUGGUACUCAACGGAAAACUAAUAAGUCUUCAAUUUAUCUGUGUCAUCGGGGGACUAAAAAGAGAUUUGGUCAAAUUAACGCCGGUGUGAGGCAUAAAGUAAAAAAGCCUAAAGCGAGAAAAGUAAAUAGCGAGCAGCUACUAGAGGCCGUGUUUGAUAUCACUGCGAAUACUGCGUUCAAUAAGUAUUUAAAAAGUGUUGAAAAUUUUAAUGCCGAAUAUGGUAAAACGCAAAUUCAACCAUUGCCCAGCGCUCACUCCAACAGCGGUGUAGCUAAAUUGGAACACUCGGCCCAAAACAAAAUCGUUGUGGCGAAGAAACGGCCAGCUGAACAUCCUUUGCAAGACGAAAAUAAAAAAUUCUUUAAAUCUCAGAGAAGUUCCGCUAUAGUCGUCGAUAAACAUUUUAAUUUCAAACUCGAUAAAGAAAAAGCCGAUCCUCUGAGUCCUACCAAUGAAGUCGCCUAUUUUAAAGAGUUUGACAUUAAUUUAGAUGUAUCGGACUUACUUGCACCGGAGGACAGUUUAAUAUCAUCCGAGACAUUGAACAACAUCUUAGGUACAUUGCGUGAUGAAGUGCAGAUGCCGAAUUGUGAACAGAUGAUAUUGAAGGCUCAUAAUUCCGUGACCAUGUCGGAAAACUCCAUCCAUCUACAUGUACCUGCCGAAAGUUCCCCCAACACUGAAGAUCAGCCAGUAAGGAAAACCGCAAUAGAAAAAUCGAUCUUACUAUCGCCAACGUCUCAGAUGUGCAACAUGACUUCGGGAUUAGCUUUAAAUAGUCCUACUAGAAACCGAGAAGUGAACGGCGGCAAUGGAGAUGCAGAUUGUCUAAAGCUCUACCCCAUUUUUUGUGGGAAACAAAACGUUUCGCCGAACUGUUUUAAAGUGCCUAAAAAUCCUCUCGUUAAGAAAAUUAAGCCUUUGCCCAAGAACCAGUUGCUGUUAGAUGCCGGACAGAAGAAAUUUGGAGCAACUCAAUGUACUGUUUGCAAAUUUGUCUACCAUAUGGGAGAUCCAAAUGAUGAAUUAAUACACCUCAACUACCACAACUCGGGAAACGUGUUACGAUACAAUGGAUGGAAAGACGAACGGGUAGUAUCACAAAUAUCCAGUGAUCGCAUUAUAAAAGUUGUACCGAGCGAUCCCAAAGCCUGGUUGAAAAAAGUAAAGGAAUUAUUGGAGGUAAUCAAUCGAGAUCUCGGAUAUUAUGAAAUGCCCGUUUCUUUAGAUAAUGCUCAGGCAUUUUUGUACAUACAUAAACAAGUGAUAAUAGGCUGCGUUAUUGCCGAAUAUCAAUCUGUUGCUUAUCGUUUACUUUCCGACAAUACCGGUAUAGAUCUAUGCUCAGAGACCAAGUUUCCUAUUAAAUGUGGCAUAAGUCGUAUUUGGGUCUCACAAGCACACAGAAGAAAAGGAAUUGCAACAUCACUGUUGAACUGUUUGCGAGCAAAUUUCGUUUAUGGUUAUAUUAUGGGCAAAGAUGAACUUGCCUUUAGUUCACCAACUGAUAUAGGUAAAUCCUUUGCUGCAAGAUAUUUCAACACGCCCAAUUUUUUGGUAUACACAUAAGCGUCAUUUACUACUUAGAUUCUAUUUAAUUAUUAUAAGUGUAUUUAUUUAUUAUUUUGUUCAAUUGUUUGUAUACGUUAUUGCAUUACUGUGAAUGGUAUUUAUUACAAAAGUGCCAUUAUGAAGUAAAGUUUGUACAAAUAUCUCUACCUUAAUUUAUAUACCUAGUACAUUUUAGAGAUUAUUGUUACAUGUUACCUGUCAACACAUUUUGUAGUCAGAUAUAUUUUUGCAUUGCCAU